GAACACUAAUGAGAUCUUCAGUUAAACUUGUCCUAUCUACAAACCAGAGAUAACAAACCCUGUUUAAGAAGUAGGUUUGUCUGUGGAGUCCUCCCCUCUGAGGUUUAUUUAGGCCUAGCAGUGAGGACCCCAACCCAUAAUCCUCCUGCAGACACACCUGUAGAGGAGAGUAUAAAGACCCUGGUCUGAACAAAGUCAGACAUCAAGCUUCAAGGAGUCUCUCCACAGCAGCUCUUCACAGCCUCCAGACCGACCCUGAAGAUGACUCCUUCUGCCAGCCUGCUGCUGCUGCUCCUGCUCGGCUUCUCUCAGGCAUAUCCUGUCCAGGAGGAAGGAAGCAAAGAAGAUGUCCCAGAUACCGUCGACAUGACCACCAGGAUUCUGACCUCCAACAGCGCCACCAACGAGAUCCUGCUGGAAGGGGACAUUCUGGCUCCCACAACCAGAAGUGCCAUGAUAUGCUCGUCCCAGAACUGCCGCUGGAAGAAAGCUACCAACGGCUUGGUGAUGGUCCCCUAUACCGUGAGCAGUGACUUCACCAGCUCAGAGAAGCAGCUGAUCAACUCUGCAUUGAACGGCUUCCAGGCCAAAACCUGCAUUCGUUUUGUCCCCCGUCAGAAUGAGGCCGACUACAUCAGCAUCGAGAACCAAGCCGGAUGUUUUUCCCCUGUGGGCAGAGUGGGAGGCGCACAGGUGCUCUCUCUCAAAAGGCCGAACUGCCUCUACUACGGCAUCAUCCAGCACGAGGCCAACCACGCUCUGGGUUUCCAGCACGAACAUACCAGGACCGACCGCGACUCCUACGUCAAUAUCAACUGGGAGAACAUCGACCCGCAGAAUGCCUACAACUUCGCCAUGCAGGCCGCCAACAAUCUGAAUACUCCCUACGACUACUCCUCCAUCAUGCACUAUGGGAAAACAGCCUUCUCCAUGAAUGGGAAGGAAACCAUGAUCCCCAUCCCGAACGCCAACGUCCCGAUCGGCCAGAUUAACGGCCUGUCCAACUGGGACAUCAUAAGGAUCAACACGUUCUACGGGUGCUAG